AUGUUGGCCACCCGAUCUAUGCUCUCGCUCACCCUGGCAUCGACCCGCUCCGUGGGUCGUGUGGGUCUGCGCUCCGCACCCGCCAUGCCCACGAUGGCGCUUCGAUCUGCCUUGACCACGUCGCCCCGAAUGGUCUCGACAAGCUCGAAAUCCAACGCAGCUGCCCAGACGACAAAGUUGACGCAACAGCAGAACUUGGACCUUCUCAACCAACAGCGUGCUCAGCGUCCGUCGAGCCCUCAUUUCACCAUCUACCAGCCGCAGAUCACUUGGUUGCUGUCCAUCAUCAACCGUAUCACUGGUACCGGUUUGAGCGUUUUGCUGUACGCGUAUUUUGCAGCGUACGCAGGCUAUCCGCUGUUCGGCUCGGCUGAAGCGCUUUCCUCUGCAUCGCUCACCGACUUUGUCGCUACGCUACCCGCAUGGUUCAAGACCGCCGUCAAAGCGCCGCUCGCUCUCGCAUUCAGCUUCCACUCGCUCAACGGUCUUCGUCACCUGGCCUGGGACUGGGGCUUCGCUUUGACCAUCAAGGGCGUCUACUCGACCGCUUACGUCGUCCUCGGCGCUACCGCACUCAGCACCAUCGGCCUGCUCCUCAUUUAA